UCCUCCUCUGUCGGGCUGUUCGGCUCCAUCGAGCGAUCUUCCCAAAAAACUUUCCGUGCCAAGAGGUUUUUUGUUUCUUGUCUGCGUUACAUUGAGACACUUGGAGGCCGUGCAGGGAGGAGAGUCGCGUUCAUAAGAUAUGACAUAUAAGACAUGGUACUGAUGACCGAGCAGGCGGACAGACCUCUGACCCCGUUAUCUGCACCGGAGCAACUUUUCAACAAGGACUCCCGAGGGAAUCGGUCGACGUCUGAAGUGGAGAAUGGAGGUGAGAGGAGACAGAGGUGGCCUGGAAGGUCACCUGCGGACCUCCACCUGUGUCUGGACACAGAGUUGGACCCCUCAGAGAGCAGGAAGAAACCCAGCCUGAGGCUAAAACCUGUGGAGCAGCUUUCGCCGAUGCUGAGUCCAGGCGACUGUGAAGCGAAGUUUGAGAGGAAGAAACCGCAGCCCAGCCACUUAUCAAAGCCAAAUGCACAGUAUCAUAAGUUAUUCAAGGAGGUCAGCAAGGAUGAGUUACUCAAACAAAGUUAUACUUGUGCCCUGCAGAGAGACAUUUUAUAUCAGGGCAAGAUGUUCGUCUCCGAUAACUGGAUCUGUUUCCACUCCAAAGUCUUUGGCAAAGACACCAAGAUUUCAAUCCCUGUGAUGUCUGUGACGUUUAUCAAAAAGACUAAAACUGCAUUAUUGGUGCCAAACGCUCUUGUGAUUGAAACCAAAAGUUAUCAGCAUGUGUUUGUGUCCUUUCUGUCUCGAAACACCACCUACAAACUUCUGAAGUCCAUCUGCGUUCAUUUGGAGGUGGAUAAGACUUGUAACAGCCCUGUUACAUCCUCCUGUGAAAACAGCUUCAGAGUGAAAUGCCCGCCGUCUCUUCCUCUGGACUUCUCCAGAGACUUCUCCGACCUCGACGGGGUUGUGCAACAAAGGCGGCAGGAGAUGAUGGAGAGCAGCAGCUCCGGCUCUCAAACGCCAGAUUAUGAGAAAAUAACUGACUUCAGCGGCCUGCCGGACACGUUUCUGAGCGCAGUGAAGAGCGGAGAGGUUUCGGUCCACGCAGACAUUCACCUCCAGACUCCGAGCCAAAAGCACGGAGCUGUUCCCCUCAAGAACGGGUCGACUAAACCGACCCGGGCAGUCAAAGACAAGUCCUCGCAGCCCAUGUCUUUACACGCCAUCCUCCUCAUCUAUUUGUUUUUAGUGAGUGUUCUGGUCCUGUCCUCCUGUUACAUGGCCUUCAAGAUUGUGGCUCUGGAGCAUCGUUUGAACUCCUUGGUGUCGAUGGGGGAACACAUUCGCAACGAAAAUGCUGUGAGCCACAGGUCCCAGAGUGAAAUGAAUGCUGAGAUCUACGGAGAGCUGUCGACCAACUUGUUCAAGCUUGAAAAG